AUGUCGAAGGCUGCUGCCACGCCAUUGGAGGACUUGGAUUUGAGCGGAGACGAGGUACAGAGGCUCACCUCCGCUUUCCAGGACCCAGAGUUCCGCCGGCUGUUCUCCGAGUACGCUCAGGAGCUCACAGACCCCGAGAACCGACGACGCUACGAAAAAGAGAUCACCGAGUUGGAGCGUGAGCGGGGAGUGGAGGUUCGGUUUGUGCACCCGGAACCGGGAUACGUGCUGCGCACCAGUUUGGAUGGAGUACGGCGCAGCUUUGUGAAUGUGUGUAGUAACGUGCUGGUGGGCGCUCCGAGCAGUCGGCCUGGCUCCGGGGGCUCUGCCCCCGGCCUCCACUGGUCCCUGCCCCAUAGCCUGUCCCCAGGUCGUGAGUACGCGGGGAGACGGGGCACCCGCUACACGGUCUAUGACGUGGUUUUCCACCCAGAAACUCUGGCGCUCGCCCGGCGCUACGAGCGCUUCCGACACAUGCUGGACACCACGGCCCUGGAGGCCGUCGAGAAGCAGUUUGGUGUAAAGCUGGAUCGCAGGAAUGCUAAGACCCUGAAGAUCAAGUACAAGGGGUCCCCGGAGGCCGCUGUGCUCCGUACACCUCUGCCCGGGGGUGUCCCAGCUCGGACCGAAGAGGAGUCGGAGGGCCCUCUCCCGGAUUUCCCUUAUCCUUACCAGUACCCGCACCCGGCAGCUUCAGGAAACUCUGUGGCCCCCAAGACCGAGGCGCCCUCUCAACCCCCCGUCCCCACCGAGCCUCGAUACAGCGUGGUGCAGCGCCACCACGUGGACCUACAGGAUUACCGCUGCUCCCGGGACUCAGUCCCGAGCACCGUACCCCACGAGCUGGUGAUCACCAUCGAGCUGCCGCUCCUGCGUUCUGCCGAGCAGGCGGCACUGGAGGUGACGAGAAAGCUGCUGUGCCUCGACUCAAGGAAGCCUGACUAUCGGCUGCGGCUUUCGCUCCCGUACCCAGUGGACGACAGCCGCGGCAAGGCGCAAUUCAACAAGGCCCGGAGGCAGCUGGUAGUCACGUUGCCGGUGACGCUACCUGUCUCGCAUCCACAGCCAGCCACGGUGCCGGAAGUGUCCGCUGACCAGUCGGGAACUGACUGCGCGGCUCGCGUUUCCGAUCUCCAGGGGGAAGCGGGCCUGGCUGAGACUCACACUGAGGAUCUACACUCUGGUGCCAGCGGAGACAGCGUAGCAGACGCCGAAGUCGUCAGCCCCUGUGCUUCCGAGGAGGCGUCACCACCAGCCGGCCCGGAGGAACUUGCUCUCGAACCGGAAGAGCAGGACAUAGGCGGGCACGCGGAAUCUCCUCGUGGUACGCUAGAGGAGCCGCUUUUAAUAGCCGGAAACUCAUCAGGGGACGGUGGCGGAGAUUCGCUUAGUAUUUUAACCAGGGAUCUUGACGCCGACUCUUCUUCAGAAAUCGGGAGGGCAACCAGAGAUCUUAGUGUGGAGACUCACGUGCACCGGAAAGGCACCAGCUGGGAGCCAUUUUACGGAGCCAUGGGUGGUCCUGGGACCGAGAACCGGGAACUUUUGUGUCCGCCUUUGCAAUGUAAACAGAAAAAAGAAUCCCUGACUCUGUUAAUUCAAGUUCCACAGAUCCUGCCGCAAAGUCUUCAAGGGGAUUUGAGCCCCCUCCGAUACAAAUUGUGCUUCUCCACACAAAACUGUGUUUAUUAUUCCUUCCUUUUGCAAUUUGCUCCAGAGAAUAAGUUGAGUACCAGAGAACCUGUUAUUAGCAUUUCUUCAGACAAUGCUGUGAUAGAACUGACCAAAUCUCCAGAGAGCCAUGGACAUUGGAGAGAGUGGUAUUAUGGCAUAAACAACGAUUUUUUGGAGGAAAGGUUGUUUGUCAAUGAAGAGAACGUUAAUGCGUUUCUUGAUGAAGUCCUGAGCUCUCCAUUGAAACAGACAAUACCCCUAACCCCACCAUUAAUUGAAGUUCUUCAGAUUACUGAUAAUAAUAUUCAAAUUCAUGCAAAGGUGCAAGAAUGUAGUAACUCCAAUCAGCUUCAUGUAAAGCAAGGAUUCACUGAAGGAAGUCAUUUGACUCAAAAAGAAAAUACAGAACAUCUCACCACUACUGAAACUGAAGAAGAUCAUUCACUGGGAAAUGCCAGACCUUCUGAUUCAUCUAUAGCAGAUAGUGCUCUAGCUACAGACAGUUAUGGCUCAGUUGCAUGCUUGCAACAUGAGUCUCUUGAUGUUUCUCAAGUGCUGUCUGGAAAAUCUCAACUAAGUGAGUCAAAAGUAGAACCUGAGUUAAUAAAAGAAAAAUGUGUUGUUUAUUCAGAUGAGGAAAUACAGAUUUUAAAAGAACCAAAAUUAACUGGAGAGGAAGAAUUAGAUGGAGAUCGUCUAUCUUCACUACAAAACAAAACUACAGCUCACCACAUAUCUACUUUUGAAAGCAUAAAAGAGACCAAUAUACAGGAUGGUAGUGUGCACAUUAUUAAAGAUCAUGUGACUCAGUGUGCAUUCAGUUUUCAGAAUUCUUUGCUAUAUGACUUAGACUAA